AUGCAUUUACCAGAAUGGGUCACCAUAAUAUACGAUCUUUUGAUUUUUACGGGGAUGACGCUUAUUUACAUAAGCGAGGCUAUCAUCUUGACAUUUAUUCCGCGACGUUAUCGCUCGAAGUCCAUAAAAGGUGAGAUUGCCUUGAUAACGGGAGGUGCGGGAGGAAUUGGACGGUUGAUUGCGAUCAAAUUGGCGAACCUUGGAGCACACGUUGUUAUCUGGGACAUUAACAAGGCUGGCAAAAAACUAUCAAUUGCCCACAUCUCCGUGAAACUUUCAGGUUUAAAGGACACAGUGCAAGAGAUCAGACGCAAUGGAGGAAAAUGUUGGGGUUACUAUUGCGACAUCACCAGCAGGGAAGAAAUUUACAAAAUAGCAAAGAUAGUUCAGAUUGAAGUUGGAUCGGUAACGCUGUUGAUAAAUAAUGCUGGUUACGUGUAUGGAAAAACGCUUUGGGAACUACCGGAUGACGAGAUCGUGCGUACUUACAGAGUGAACAUUUUAUCCCAUUAUUGGAUUACCAAAGCAUUUAUGAGGGAUAUGAUGAAAAAUAAUCACGGUCAUAUUGUAACUGUGGCAAGUGUGGCUGGACUUCUAGGCACUUACAAUUGUACUGAUUAUUCGGCGACUAAAUUUGCGGCUAUCGGUUACCACGAGAGUCUAUUCACUGAACUGAAAGUAGGAAAAAUUGAUGCCAAUGUUAGAACCCGAGUAUGUUGCACAAGAAGUUGUAUCUGGUAUAUUAGUAAAUCAAGUAAUUGUUGUGCUACCUGGAUCAGUUAGAUAUCUUCUACCAUUGAAAUGGUAA